AUGAAAGCAUGUUACUAUGAACUUUUGGGCGUCCAAUCCGAUGCAUCUGACUCUGAUCUCAAGAAAGCUUAUCGAAAGCAGGCUCUUGUAUACCACCCUGACAAAAAUCGCGAGAAUAUCGAAGAGGCGACGGACACGUUUGCUGCGAUUAGAGCAGCUUAUGAAGUACUGUCUGAUCCCCAGGAAAGGGCUUGGUAUGACAGUCACAAGGACCAAAUUUUGAACGAUGACUUGAACUCCUAUGACGACAAUGACGGUUUCUAUUCCGGCGAAGUUGAUCCCGAGAUAACAGGGACGACCAUCGAAAAUCUCUUGAGAUUUUUCAAUCCAGCCCUGUACACGCGUAUUGACGAUACCGCAGCCGGUCUGUAUCAAAUUGCAGGCAAAGUCUUUGCCAAAUUAGCCACUGAAGAAGUUGUCAGUGGCAGAAGGGCAGGCUUAUCUAAUUUCAAUAUUCUGAAAGAUGAUGUUUUCGAAUCGAGUAUUGGGACACGCGGUUAUGGUGUUGCUUGCGCCCAAUAUGCGUCAACUCUUGAGUCGAUGCUGUUCCCACCAUUUGGCGUUACAAGCACCGAUUAUGAGUUGAUUAGAGAAUUUUACAAAAAAUGGUCCGGAUUCAGUACAACGAAAAGUUUUAGCUGGAAGGAUGAAUAUAUCUAUUCCCGAAACUACGACCGUAAAACGAAGCGAGAAAUCAACAAACGUAACGAAAAACUGCGGCAACAAGCCAAGUCUGAAUACAACAAAACCGUUAAGAGAUUUGUCGCUUUUGUGAAAAAACUGGACAAACGUGUCAAGGAAGGUGCCAAAAAGCUCGAACAAGAGAGAAGAAGAAAAUUGCAAGAAAGUUUGAAAAGGCAAAUCCAGAAAGAUCGUGAAGCAAACUUGAAGAACGGGGAAGACAAUUUCAAGCUUCAAAGUUGGCAAACUGUAGAUCACAAAGAUUGGGAAGAGUUCAAACCAAAUCAUAGCGAUGGAGACGAUGAGCCCAAAGAAAUUAUCAUAUAUGAGUGCUUUUUGUGCAAUAAGAACUUCAAAUCCCCAAAUCAGCUAGAGAACCAUAACAGCACGAAACUCCAUAAGCGGAAGAUGAAAGAACUACAACGGGAGAUGCGAGAGGAAAGCCUAGUGCUGGGUCUCGACGCGGUUUCGGACGUAGAUGACUUUGAUUCUGCAGACGAGUUUACCCUGGAGGAGGAAAGCCAAAUGGUAAGCCCUUCUGGUAACGAGGAAACGUAUACGGAGCGCAGCAUAGACGAAAUAAAUGCAGAACUUGAGCGCAUUCAAAAGGAACUGGAGGAAGUAAGUUCUGAGUCUGAUGACACCAGUGAAUCGCCAGAAAUUGACGAUCUGAUAGAUUCUGAUACAACUGAGGCUAACGAUCUCCGCCAAUCAGGGGAAAAUUUCGAGUUUCAAGAAUCUGCAGAAACGUCGCAGAAAGACGAACUAGCCAAACUUUUGGAAUCACUUGACGUUUCUGAUAACAACGAGUCCGCGGAUGUAUGGAACUCGAACAAAAAGGCGCGACGGAAGGCAAGACAACGUAAGGGACCACGUGAAGACAAUGUCGCUGAUCAGUUGAACGUGCAAACCGGUAAUAGCGAGUUUACGUGUGGACAGUGUCAAACGGAGCACGAUUCGCGUAAUGCGCUUUUCCGACAUAUAGACGCUUCAGGACACGCUUCGCACCUAUCGAAACUGAAAAAUAAAAUCAACAAGUCCAAAAAGAAGAAAAGCAAGAAGUGA